AAGCGGGCAACUGAACAGUCCAACAACAGUUUGCCUCCUCAGUCUUCAUUGCUUUUAUGUGUAAAAGUUGACAGCUUACUUUGCUUUUCUUUAUUAAAAUGGACUGUGUAUUUGAUAACCUGGAUGCAGCUGGUUUCCUGGAAAUCUGGCAACACUUCGAUGCAGACGAUAAUGGCUACAUUGAGGGCAAAGAACUUGAUGACUUUUUCCAUCACAUGAUGAAGCGACUGGGUACACAGGAGAAAGUGACUGAAGAGCAUGUUCAGAGACUGAAGCAGAGGUUUAUGUCCGCCUAUGAUGUCACUGCUGACGGGAAACUACAAAUUCAGGAGUUGGCCAAUAUGAUCCUCCCUGAAGACGAGAACUACCUGUUAAUCUUCCGCAGAGAAGCUCCUCUGGACAACAGUGUUGACUUUAUGAAGAUAUGGAGGAAGUACGAUGUUGACUGCAGUGGCUACAUAUCAGCUCAGGAGCUCAAGGCUUUCCUGAAAGACCUGUUCCAGGAGCACCACAAGGAAGUGUCAUCUGACAAGCUGGAGGAGUACACCGACGCAAUGAUGAAAAUCUUUGACAAAAACAAAGAUGGCCGUUUGGAUUUGAACGACCUGGCCAGGAUUUUGGCUUUAGAAGAGAAUUUCCUGCUCCAGUUCCAGAUGGAUGCCUGCAGUAUGGAGGAGAGGAAGAAAGACUUUGCGAAGAUCUUUGACCAUUAUGAUGUUAGUAAGACAGGAGCGCUCGAGGGUCCUGAGGUGGACGGCUUUGUCAAAGACAUGAUGGGGCUGGUCAGGCCCAGUAUCACAGGUCCUGAGCUGGACAAGCUGCGAGCCCUCCUACUGCAUCAUUGUGAUCAUAACAAGGACGGAAAGAUCCAGAGAAAUGAGCUAGCUCUAUGUCUAGGAGUCAAGCCUAAAUCUUAAAGAUUUGUGUUAUGACAUUGUAUAAUGAAAUACUCACUCUGUAUUGCGAAUAAGUGUUUCACUGUAUGGUCAAUAAUGGUAGAAUGCUGUGUUUUGAUCCAGAUCACUCUGAGGCUAUUUAAGGUCAAUAUUCAUCAAGUGUUAUUUGAUUCUGAUUAUGAUAGAAACACAAUUGGAUACUCUGUACUAGGGCUUCAAAUUGUGCAUGUUUUAGGGCCAAAAGAAAAUAAUGAGAUGUGAAGGGGGUUUUUUUGGCUAAAAUGGUCUGGUGCUGUAAGAUUUGUAGUAUAUUAAUCGGUUUGUCAGUCAGUGAACAUGUCAGUGUAGCUUUUGACAACAUAGAAUGUUUUUCAUUGUAAUAUUAAGUUUUAUUCUUUUAGUUUGGAGCUGGAGUACGUUGGCCAUCACUGAUGUUUGGCCACUUGCAUGUUUUUCUGCCAAUAAAAGAGGGAAGUACAGGAUGCUUUUUUCUGUCAUUUUAAAAUAAUGGGCUGUUGAGAAAAUAAAACGAU